AUGAUUCGAAAAACGUACAAAAAUUUCAACGACCCCCGAGACAGCGAUAAAACGUUGAACCUGUGCUUCCUGGUUCACCCGAGUUACUACACAGUGUUGGAGUUGGAAGAAGAAGAUGUGAUAAACAAUGAAAUACGAAACAACUUUGUUCAAAUCGCAAGAAAAAUUAAUUUAUAUGACAAAACAGAGCCAAUGAAAAACUAUAAAAAAACAGAUACCUUAACAAGGGAACUAAAUUAUCUGAGAAGCUGGGAACUCUUAAAUCACACGUACAAAUAUAAGAUGCCCAUUUUAUUUCAAAAUGUACAAAAAUUUAAUUUGCACGACCAAGAGGUCAUUAAUUAUUUUCCCAUUAAUUAUUAUGCGAGGAAAAGGAACCUAGUGAGGAAUAAAAUAAUGACAACGGUAAAUAAGGACAGGUGUUUUAUCAUAGACACGGAUAUGGUUUACUCCAUGACCCCAGAGUACAUUGCCAGGAAUAUCGGGCAUAGCAUGAUGCCAGUGGAGAAGACGCAAUUUAGGCGCAGGGGAAGCGUUAGAAGGGACAGAGCGGUGCCUUUUUGUGAAAGGAAGAGGAGACGUUACAAUGAAAAUGUGUUGGUGGGGAAAGACACCGGAGAGAGGGGGGGGGAGCUGCUGCCUGCUGAUCAAGGCGAAGACGUUGAUGGGAAGGAAGGAGAGGAGAUCCCCCCGAGUGGGCCCAAUGGAAGAAACAAUGGGGACUCAGACAAAAUGCUAAUAUAUCUGGACCCCUUUUGCGGCGCGGGCGGAAAUAGCUUAAGUACGUCUCACGUUUUUACCAUCUCCUCCGACAUCGAACUUGCGCGAGUAAAGGAAUGCCAACACAAUUGCAAAUUUUAUAAUUACAACGUAGACUUGAUUGUGUGUGAUUUUUUUAAUAUAGUAAAUUUAUUUAGGGAAAAUACAAUUGAUGUAAUUUUUUUGAGUAUCCCCUGGGGAGGACCAUCCUACAAAAAGAAAAAAAAUUUCAAGUUAGACACUCCGGGGGAAAAGUUAACUGUAUAUUCCUGUUUGAAGGAAUCCAUGAAAUUAACAAAAAAUGUAAUUUUUUAUUUGCCUCGAAAUGUGCGUAUGCUAGAUUUGUAUGACUUAUUCGCGUACUACCAAAAAUUGGCGAAUGAAAAAAAUAAAUUAAAAAACGAUUGCAUAUGCAACGAAAUUUUUAUCGAGCUGUAUUGCAAUAGAGUUAGGUGUCUAGUGGAAGAACAACACGACAACAAUGUCCAAAAUUUUCACUACUUUUUUAACAAGCAGACAGACAUGCCGAGCAACGAGUUCGAUAUUGAGAAGCAGCGAAAUUUGUUCACCAUCAACGUAGAUGAAUGCAACCAAUUUUUGAAUCUUCCAAAGGUGCAAAAGGGGGAGAGGAAGACGAAGAAGAAGAAGAAGACUGCCUCCAUGUGGAAAUGGCACAACACGUGCAUGGUUGUAUACCUCGGCAAAAUAACCAACGUGCUGAAAAAAGAAAAAACGAUCAAUUACAACAGCAUCUACUACCUGCACAAGGAGUUAUCGAAAUGUAACAUGGGAAAGGUGAAAAAGAAAAGCGAGACCAAUUUUUCCCUGUACAGAUAUUCAUGCAGUAAAAAAAAAAAAGUCCUUGACAAAAUAACGAGGAAGGUGGAAAAGAAGAGAGAAAAAUGUGUAAAAAAAAAUGAAAAGACAUACCACAUUUUAAUUAAUCACAGAAAUGUCUUCUUCUUAAAUUAUUUUAUUCAUAAAAAAUUAAACGAACUGAUGAGCAACAUUUUUGGCCUUUUUUUUAAAAAUGUAAAAAAUAUUAUGGGCUUUGAAAAAAUCAGCUUUUUAAAUAAAGUAUUUAUUAACUUGGACAAUUCCAUUUUUAGCGCCUUAACGAGAACAUUAACAAUGGGACAUAAUGUAAAAAAAUAUGAAACGUAUAUUUAUUCCGACAUGUUAAGUUCAAGUUGUGGGCUGUACGUAAUAACAGAUUAUUUUAACAUGAUUUUAAGUGAAAUUAAAAAAGUGGUGAUCAUUUUGUUUGGCAUAUAUUUGCACGAUAUCAGUUUUAUGAAGUAUUUUUUUAAAUUUUACAAAGCAAAAGUACCAAUAAAAAAAUUGAGAAAUAAAAAUAAUUUAAAAAACAUCCACUACACCAUUGUUCGACUUUUAUUCAAAUUUGUCCUCUACAUUAAUUUGUUUAAAAAUGUACUAAGCAAUAACAUCAAGUUGGAAGAAUUUUUCAGCAAAAAUGUUGUGUGUACUGGGCUGGGAAAUUUAUUGGAAUAUUUGGACAUUGCACACAAUGACUAUAAUUUUAUGAAGCAUAAAAAGAGAAAGGACUUUUCCUUUUCAUUUAAAAAUUUAAUCCAAAAUUUUAUUAUGCUCUCCGUUAACAUGGAGAUUAAUGGAAAGUUGAUAAAGACGGAGGAGAUUACCAAUCUGUACUUCCGAUUUUUGUUCAACGUGAGUGAGACGAAUGACCUCCUGCAUGAACUGCAGAGCAGUCUUUACGAAGAUCAAGUGAAGUGCUACCAGUGGCACUUGUGUCUAACCACGGUGAACUUUUUCACCAAGCAGUUUUUUUACAAUAUGAAUAUAACGUCCUUUUUGGAUUAUUUCAAUUCGCUCAUUUAUUUCUACUUCAACCAGAUGUAUGUUUUGUCCAAGUGUCACCGGAAUUAUUCAAAUUUGUUUGUUGCUCAUUUGAAUAAUUUCCUCUACGACAGUUUUUGUGUGAGAAUUUUUUAG